UUUGAGCUUCGUUCCCCCUGUUGUACUGUGUGGUAGCCAUCGCUCUGAGUUCACAUCAUCUUACUGCGGUGCUGAAGAGACCGCCCUACAACGAACAAAGGUUAAAGAGACCUUCAUUUUGAUGUUCAGUAACCAGUCUUACUGCAUCUUACUAAAGCCCUUCCCACAUGCUGUCAACACCAGUACUCAGAAUUCUUAUUUAAUCUAGCUGGAACAAAAAGAAUUGGCAGAAACCUACGAACAGGAGACGAGAGCAAAGAUCCAUGAGGAGUCAUGCUUCAACUGUUGCUACUCUUUGGAGCCAUGCUUCAACUGUUGCUACUCUUUGGGUUUUUCAGCCUCGGUGUCUGUCUCCCUCGUCAGUAUCACUUCAUUAAUGAGAAUAAGACCUGGGCUGAAGCACAGAGAUACUGCAGAGAGAAUUAUGAUGAUUUAGCCAGUAUUAAUAACACUGUAGAAGAACUGGCCCUUACUAACUUAGUAGACAUCUGGAACAGCAGGCGAACCUGGAUUGGACUGUAUGAUGAUCUGAGCAGCUGGAAAUGGUCUCUGGAUGAUGAUUCUUUCUACAAGGAAGGAGAGAGAAGCUUUAGAAACUGGUAUAUACAGAAACCAAUGAACCGGUAUGGAAACAGUUUGUGUGUAUACUUAUCACAGCAGGAUGGAACAUGGUCGGAGGACUCUUGUUCCACAACACGUCUGUUUAUUUGCUUUGAUGGCAGAGUUAUUGCCCGUGAAAGUUAUGUCCUGGUUACCCAGUACAUGAACUGGACUGAAGCUCAGAGAUACUGUAGAGAGCAUUACACAGACCUGACCAGUGUGAGGAACGAGACUGAGAACCAGAAGAUUAGAUCAUUAAUAUCUGAUAAUUUGUAUUACGAUGGUUUUUGGCUCGGCCUGUACAGAACCAGGUCUUGGUCAGAUAAAAGCAACUCCUCUUUCAGCAACUGGAAACAUAGACAACCAGAUAAUUAUUUACAGAAUGAAUCCUGUACUGCCGUGUCAUUUAAUGAUUCUGGGAAAUGGACAGAUGAAAACUGCGGUCAAGCUUUUCCAUUCCUCUGUUACAGCACGAUGUCAUCAUUAUCCUCUCAUCAUUAUCACUUUGUUAACGAGAAUAAGACCUGGACUGAAGCACAGAGAUACUGCAGAGAGAAUUACACUGACCUGGCUACCAUUGAUAACAUGGAGGAAAUGAACACACUCCUUAACACAGUAACUGGCAGCUACUCAGGUUUAGCCUGGAUUGGACUGAAUGAUGAUCUGAACAGCUGGAGAUGGUCUCUGGAUGAUGAUGCUUUCUACCAGGAGGGAGAGAGAGACUUCAGAGGGUGGGACCAGCAACCUGAUAACUACAAUGGACAAGAACUGUGUGUUUAUAUGAAUUCUGAUGGAACAUGGUCUGAUGGAGACUGUAGAGCAUCUUUCACUUUUGUUUGUUAUGAUGGAAAGAAUGGAACAGAUAAUUACACAUGGAUAAACCAGCACAAGUCUUGGACAAAAGCUCAGCAUUACUGCAGAGAACAUUACACAGACCUGGCCAGUGUGAGGAAGCAAACAGAUAAUCAAAGAAUCCUGAAUGUCACAGGUGACUCUGCUUCUUGGAUUGGUCUAUACAGAACCAGACUCUGGUCAGACAAACAGGAAUCCACAUAUGAAAACUGGAGACCAGCCACCACUGAACAGCCAGAUAAUGGUUUAUAUACUCAGUGGGAAUACGGUAAUCAGCACUGCACUGCUGUAUCAUUCAGUGACUCAGGCUACUGGACAGAUGAGAACUGCUUCGCCACAUUCCCUUUCAUCUGCUAUAACAAAUCCUGCACAGGAUCCUCAUGUUCCCUCCAUCAGUAUCACUUUGUCAAUGAGAAUAAGACCUGGACUGAAGCACAGAGAUACUGCCGAGAGAAUUACACUGACCUGGCCACCAUUAAUAACAUGGAGGAAAUGAACACACUCCUUAACACAGUAAAUGGCAGCUACUCAGGUUUAGCCUGGAUUGGACUGUAUGAUGAUCUGAACAGCUGGAAAUGGUCUCUGGAUGAUGAUUCUUUCUACAAGGAUGGAGAGAGAAGCUUUAGAAACUGGUAUAUAAACAAACCAAGCUGGUACUGGAAUGAAAGCAGUUUGUGUAUAUACUUAUCGGGUUAUGAUGCAAUAUGGGGGGAGGCCUCUUGCUCUUCGACACUUCCAUUCAUUUGCUUUGAUGGUAGUGUGAAUGCCAGUGAAAGACAUGUCCUUGUUUAUGAGAAGAUGACCUGGACUGAAGCUCAGAGAUACUGCAGAGAGCAUUACACAGACCUGACCAGUGUGAGGAACGAGACUGAGAACCAGAUGAUAAGAUCAUUAUUACAUAACUAUAAUUAUUAUUAUUAUUAUUAUUAUUAUUAUUAUUAUUAUGAUGGUUCCUACCCUUUUUGGAUCGGCCUGUACAGAACCAUGUCUUGGUCAGAUAAAAGCAACUCCUCUUUCAGCAACUGGAAACUUGGACAACCAGAUAAUUAUGGACAGGAGGAAUCUUGUACUGUAGUGUCAUUCAAUAGUGAUGUUUAUUAUCAGUAUUAUUAUGGGAAAUGGACAGAUGAAAACUGUGGUGAAUCUUUUCCAUUCCUCUGUUACAGCACAAUGUCAUCAUCAUCAUCUUCUCGUCAGUAUCACUUUAUUAACGAGAAUAAGACCUGGACUGAAGCACAGAGAUACUGCCGAGAGAAUUACACUGACCUGGCUACCAUUGAUAACAUGGAAGAAAUGAACACACUCCUUAACACAGUAAAUGGCAGCUACUCAGGUUUAGCCUGGAUUGGACUGUAUGAUGAUCUGGACAGCUGGAGAUGGUCUCUGGAUGAUGAUGCUUUCUACCAGGAGGGAGAGAAAGACUUCAGAGGGUCGGUCCAUCAACCUGAUAACUACAAUGGAAAAGAGAUGUGUGUUACCAUGAACAACAUAGGGGAAUGGUUUGACAAGCCUUGUACUGAAAGAAAGUCAUUUGUUUGCUAUAAUGCCUCAGGUAUGAACAAUACGUAUUUGUGGAUUUAUGAUCAAAAGACUUGGGAAGAAGCUCAGAGCUUUUGCAGAGUGAAUUACACCGACUUGGCCAGUGUGAGAAAUGAGACAGAACUUCAGCAAAUACUGAGCAUCACGGACGGCUAUGAUGUAUGGAUAGGUCUGUAUAGAAACCGAUUGUGGUCAGAUCAGAGCAGCUCAACCUUUACAUACUGGAGACCGGAGAGUCCAGAACCAACAGAAGAACCUGAUAACGGUGUGAAUUCACCUGGACAACGUGGAGAUCAACACUGCACCGCUGUGGAUCGUUCCGGCCAAUGGACAGAUGAAAACUGUUUCGCCAGUUUCCCUUUCAUCUGCUACACUGGUGCUGUGAUGAGGCUGCAAACGAAAAUCACUGCUAAUGAAAAUCUGUGAACUGGUGCUGAUGGAACUUCAACAAGAACAGAGCAGACUGGUACUUUCAAGCAACUUCACAGUGAACGAAAGACACGUCUGUCAGCUCGGGCCAUGAAGGAAAAACACUACAUUCAGAUUCAGAACAUAACUGUUCCAAACAUGUUUCCAAACAUCAUUUUGUGACGUUUUUUUGAAAAUUUUUGUGACGGUUCUCAAAAGCUUUGAAAUGCCUCCUGGCUUUGACCAUAAUAUUAAUAAUGUUUGUAAUUAUACUGAUUUGUAAAGCAGAAUUAUGUUCUUAGGUGUCUGCAAACAAAUAAUUGAUAUGGUGUAGGAAAUAAAUUAAUAUUAGGAGUAAAAUAUAUUUCUCAAAAUGAAUGUAAACACUGUCCUUAUUUGUGCUUUAUAGAGGGAUUUACAGAACAUUUGAUGCUAUAUUUUCUGAUUUGCAAUAAUCAUAUCAACAGUUAGUUAUUUGUGGUAAGGGAUAUUAUUUAACAUUCAUUUAUUAAUUGUUUUCAUGGAGUUUUGGUUGUGUUGAUGAAAUAUUGAUUAAAGACCAUUUUAAUAAACAAGCACUGAAUGAAGAAACGUGUAAAAGGUUUUU